UGACGUCAGCGUGCUGGCAGCGGCUGCCAGGGUGUUCUGCAGUCCCGCGGCGGAGUCCAGCCACCUCGGCGGCGGCAGUGGCUGCGGGCGGUCCCCGCGGCAGGAACAGCCUGUGAGCGGGACGGAGAGGCGACCCCGGCCGGCGCUGGCGGUCCAAAGCGGGGUCGGCGGCGGGGGCGGCAUGCGGCCUAGUCACGCAGGAUAACUGGCUGUGUCUGGCACACACACGGCAGACUGUGGAGGGAAACUGAGGUGGGAGGAUGGAGGAGAGAGGAGGAGGAAUCAGCACUGGACAGAGCAGAAGAAAUGGAGAGGAGCAGGAUGGAGAAGAAGAGAAGAGAGUCCCCAAAGCUGUGUUCACUUAGUGCUUCUCUGGUUUUGAGUGAAAAUCUAGAAGAAGACAGUUGUCAGCUGAGCCAUUGACAAUGCAACCACUGGAGUUAGUGAGCUUGAGAGAUGUAGUUAUAGACUUCACUCAGGAAGAGUGGGCCCUGCUGGACAUACCCCAGAGAAAGCUGUUCAGAGAUGUGAUGCUGGAGAAUAUCAAUCAUCUGGUUUCAGUGGGUACAACACACAGAGCAGUGCUGGAAAAUCAAUGAAUAUUUUCUGAAACAACAAAUAAGACAUCAGGUCUAUAAAGCAGAUGUAGGUUCCCAGUUGGAGGAAGGAGAGGAAUUGUGGAGAGAAGGAAUUAGAUUUUUCCAAUCCCAGAAUUCAGGCAAGGAGAAUGGUCUUAAAGAACAAGAAGUGCUAUCCAUGCAAGAUAUCUGCAGGAUAUACCCAUUUAUCCAUCAUGUCAUUGAAACACAACUCUCAUACGCAAAAGAAUGGCAUUACAUGUAGUGAAUUUCCCAAGGACUUCACUCACAGUUCCAGAGUGUCUCAACAUGUCUUCAUCCAUUAUUCUAGCCUUAGACAGCAUGAGAGAAGUCACACUGGAGAGAAACUAUAUCAAUGCCAUCUAUGUGGGAAAGUCUUCAAUAGAAUUUCUAACCUUACUAUACAUGAGAGAAUUCACACUGGAGAGAAACCUUAUGAAUGUCAUCUAUGUGGGAAAGCCUUCACUUCCUGUUCUUCCCUAAGAGAUCAUGAGAGAACUCACACUGGAGAGAAACCUUAUCAGUGUCAUCUAUGUGGGAAAGCCUUCACUUUCUGUUCUAACCUGAGAAAUCAUGAAAUAACUCACACUAGAGAGAAAGCUUAUCAAUGUCAUCUAUGGGGGAAAGUUUUCACCCAUUAUCCUAGCUUUAGAAAACAUGAGACAAGCCACACUAUAGUGAAACUAUAUGAAUGCCAUCUAUGUGGGAAAGCCUUUGAUAAAAUUUCUAAGCUUAGCACACACAACAGAACUCACACUGGAGAGAAACCUUAUCAGUGUCAUCUAUGUGGGAAAGUUUUCACCCAUUGUUCUAACUUUAGAAAACAUGAGAGAAACCACACUAUAGUGAAACUGUAUGAAUGUCAUCUAUGUGGGAAGGCCUUCAAAAAAAUUUCUAAGCUUAGUCUACACGAGAGAACUCACACAGGAGAGAAACCACACAAAUGCCAUUUAUGUGGGAAAGCAUUCAGCGACAUUUCAAACCUUAGACAACAUGAGAGAUUGCACACUAGAGAGAAACCUUAUGAAUGUCAUCUGUGUGGAAAAGCCUUCACUUACUCUUCUCAUGUAAAAGAACACCAGAGGACUCACACUGGAGAGAAACCUUUUGAAUGUCAUGUAUGUGGUAAAGUCUUCACUCUCUCUUCUAACCUUAGAAACCAUGAAAGGACUCACACUGGAGAGAAGCCUUAUCAGUGUCAUCUAUGUGGGAAAGUUUUCUCCUAUUAUUCUAGCAUUAGAAAACAUGAGAAAAGUCACACUGGAGAGAAACCUUUUGACUGUUUUCUAUGUGGGAAAGUUUUCACCCAUUAUUCUGGCCUUAGAUGACAUGAGAGAACUCAUACUGGAGAGAUACCCUACUAAUUUCAUCUAUGUGGGAAAGCCUUCACUUAACUCUUCUAACCUGAGAGAACAUGAGAAGACUCUGAAGAGAAACCUUGUGGAUGUCAUCUAUGUCAGAAAAUCUUUACCCAUUAUUCUAGCCUAGAAAACAUGAGAGGACUCAUACUGAAGAGAUACCAUAAUGAUAUCAUCUAUGUAGAUAUCAUAGUUGAUUUUUCUAAACUUAGACAACAUGAGAGAACUCAAACUGGCACAAAACCCUAUGAAUGACGUAUAUGUGAAAAGGUUCAUUGUUGAGGGAUUAGAUUACAUGAGGGAACUCAUACUAUAAAUAUUUUGAAUGUGGAAGAGAUUUCAGCCCUUGAGUUAUCUUUAGACAUAGAAGAGAACUCUCACAUUGAGGGAACACUGUAAUCAACCUGCUAGAACCUUUACUACUCUUGAUUACUUCAUGAAUCUAAGGCAGUUCAUACUAGAGAGAAUCAGUAUCAUGUCAUCUAUGUUGCAAAGUGUUUCAUACAAUGAUCUGAUGAUAUAAGUGGGAGAACUCAUACUUUGUAGUGAAAGUGGAAGAGUCUUCAUCUGCUUUUUCCUCUGAUAGAGAGACAAGUCUUUACUGGUGGAUAAUGCCCCUUGAGGGAGUGCAGAUCAAGCUGGAGAUAUUAUUCAUGAAAAAUCACACAAAAUCAUUUGUUCAUGCAGCAGCACUUAUAGGGCAAGUAAGACUGCAGCACCCUAUUAAACUUAUUGCUGUCAUAAAUGAAAGCAGAUCUUCACUGACGACUCAUGCACUUAGCAUUCAUAUUCUUAUGCUGCUGGAACAACAAUCCUAAGGUCAACUUAGGAAAAGUUAGGUUUCACAUCAGAAAUUUCAUAGUGGAAAAUGAACUAGUUUAUAUGGACACUUCAGCACAUAAUUCAGGAAAGAAUCAAGAUUUUGAACAAGAUUUACUAUUGAAAUUCUUUGUUAUAACAGUGUCGAAGUACUAAGUGACAUGGGUAUACUGAAUAGUGAAACUUGUGAGAAGUAUGUGGAGUGAGAUUAAUCCCAUAGAAUAAUCUUUGCAUAUAUAUAAGCAACAGAUAUUGUUGGUGAAAAUCUGAUAUGUUGGCUACUUUCUAGUUUUGUUUAUAUGCAGUUCAAAGCUCAGAUAUUUGAAUCUUAAAAUAACCUUGAAUGUUAACUCUCAUAUUUAGAAUGCAAAAUUUUGAUUCUUUACUAUUUUCUUAGCAUUAUAGUAUGUAUGUUCCCAGCAAGGAUGAACAUAAACAUAGAUAAAUGCAUAUACUUUAGAAGUGUGGUUUUAUGAUACAUAAAUACUGCUUUUUAAAAACACCAUUUAAUAUUGCCAUCAAAAUUUAGAAAGGAAUUUUAAAAAUACUAUUUAAGUAAAAUAAAGGAAGGAAUAAAAUAAAAUGAAGAAUUUUGGCUUCAUAGGCUAGAAAAUCCCCCAGAAUCCAGAAUCUGUCAGUGUGUCAUUCCAUACAUUAGUAUUUUAUUGCAAAAAGGCUUUUGCCAAAAGAACAGAGAUUAUGCCAAACAAGGACAAAAAUUUACAUUUAAGGCAUAGGGAGUGUUCAACUUUCAGAAUGCUGAUGUUCAGAUUUCUGUUUUCCGAAUGUUGAAUUUUCAGGGUGUAGGCAUCUGAAUAGCAUCUAAUUUGGUAUCAGGAGUCCUUUCCAGUAAUAACAUUGCAGGCUACUCCUGGUGAGUGCAUUCCAGUGGAUAAUUAGAAAGAUGGGGAGCGUACUUGUGCUUACAGACAGAAUUGCCUCCUCACCAUCCUGGUCUGUGUACAAGGAAACCUUAGCAACACAUAUGUUCCUCUUUCCAGGGCUGCAUCUAGGGCUCAUUGGACCACUCUGCAGAAUUCUAAACCUUUCCAGGUCUGUGAACCUUCUACCUCCUGCUCUUAUAUGAUUUGUAUAGGGUCUUAAUCUCUUACAAGGACCAGUUUCUGCUCCAUAACUUUGACCGUUUUCCUGCAGGGAUCCAAUUUCUGCUUUGUCUGCCCCCUGCUUUGGAAACCAAAGGCAUAUUGCCCUGUGGGUGGACCCUGUCCUGUCUUUCCUUGGUACAUCUUUGUAUUCCCUUUAUGGCCCUUACGGCCUGGGUCACAUGGAGGCGUGACAGGCCUCACUGAGACUUUCCACAUUGUUUUACUUUCCAUAUAGACUGAACCUGUAAUAAGUUCAUUCUAAUUUUUUUUUUUUGCUAGAUUUGUUUUAUGUGGGUUAGAUAGAAUGAGAAGUUGAGGGAAAUUCUCCUAAAGGAUGUAAAGUAUAACUAUUAAUUCCUUCAAACUGAUAUUUAUUCCCAUAACGUCCUUCAACUGAAGUUUAAAUGAAUUUUUAUAAUUUAGCCACUAUGAGAAAUUUGGUUAGAAAUGCAAGACCAUGUAAUCUACUUGAUGUUAAAACUCCUUCUGUUUGUUGGCAGAAUUCAGUUCCUUUUGAUUGCUGGACUUAGACAUUUGUUUAUUUGCUGGUGUUAGCUGAGGGCCCUUCCCAGCUUCUAAGUAUCAGCCACAUGCUCUGACUUGUGGUGCCUGGUUCAUCUUCAAAGCCACAACUGUGUCAGACCCACCUUACUGUUCGAAUCUCUCCUUUUCUUGUCUCAUUUCUCAUCCAGGGAAGGUUCAGGGCUUUAAGAACUCAAUGUGAUUCGGUUUGACCCCCAGUGAAAAUUCAGAUUACCCAGGUAAAUCUCCCCAUCCCACAGUCUGUACCUUUAAUCAUAUCUGCAAACUUCCUUUGGCCUAUAAGGUAAUAUAUUCAUAGGUGCUGGGGAUUAGGGCAUAGACAUAUUUGGGGUCUGUUUUUCUGUCUCCUGUCCCCACAACUAAAAGCUUCAUGCACAGACACUAUUAUUUUUAGAGCUGAAUAUUCUUUGAACUCCAGUCAUAUUGAUGUGAAAAUGUUUAGAUUCAUUGAUCUGAAUGAUUAUGAAAGAUACACUGAAUACUUCAUAAUGAGCUUAAAUGAUAUAUAUGCUUAUAGCUUUUAUAAUCAUUUACAUCUGUUUUCUGACUUUGACUCUAUCUUUAUAAUCUCAGAUCUACUUAACUGUUAAAGUUGUUAAUGUAGAACUUCAUAUACAAUCUUAAAGAUGAGUAGCUUGCUAAAAUUUUAGUAUAUUGUUGGGAAGGAUAAUAUUUUAUAUGUCAUUUUUAUGAAAAAAUUAGGCUCAAUAUACCUGUGGCAAUACUUCUGUGCAGAUUUGCUGAAAAUGAAUAUAAACUCAGUUAUCUAAUGAGAGUAUGAGUAGUAAGGAGAAUUAGUAAAAAACUUGGUUACUUACAUGCAGUAUGCCACAAAUACCUCUCCAUAAAUUCAAAGAAAAAUAAAAUGUUUUCUGUAA